CAGAGAAGAGGAAAAAAAAAAAAAGGAAGCAAAAUUCUUCCAAACCCACACUCUCACAAACACACAGGAGCUGAGGAGACCCGCAGACAGCAGGAACCAGUCUUGGGGGCAAAACUUCUUCAAGAGUAGCCAAGUUCUGCAGUCUGGGUCUUGAUUUUUACGGCUUGUUUCCUACAUAGACUUCCCACCUCCUUGUGUCUGGACUAGCUGUGCAGAUAAGGAAGAAACAGCAGCAAAGCCAGCUGCAAGUACUGAAAAAGGAGGGGGAUAGGACUGUCUGUGUGUGAUCAGCAUGGAAGCUGCCUGAAUACACCAGGAACUCAGCGAAGUUCUACUUAAAUAAAAAUCCUCCUGCCCUCCAUACAGCCCCCUGAGUCAUUGGAAUGACCAGUGAUGAUCACAACACAAACCCAAGUUGGACAUUAAAAAAAUAGAUUUCUUCUGAGUGUCUCAUUGAAAACAUAGACUGUUAAAAGGACAUUUCUGGUAUCUCAGAUCCUUGUAAAGUCACACUAGUUAAAUAAACAAACUGUGAUUCUAUACUAUCCACAAGUUCAAUAUUCCUCCCUCACCCUUGAUGCAGUUGGAUGUCUUCAGCUUUUCCUGAACUUUUUUUUUUGGCAGAGGAGAGUACUCUGUCUCUUUUAAGCAAGAUCAUUCCAAAAAAAAAAAAAAUAGUCUGGCUUUCAGUUAACUUCCCUGCUUGAGCACAGUACCUGAAGGUCAGAGAGAAAAGUUUACUGGGGAAGAAAAGUAGGAUCAGAGAGAGUUGGUGGAGGUCAAGCUGAAAAGUUGGGACAGUAACUGACAAACUGGCCUCCUAAGAGAGAGCAAACACAAGGAGAGCUGUACAAGGCAAGGAGCAGCAUGCAGGCAUGUCAGAAGAAGCAGAAGUGGAUGUGAGAGACAGAGACACGCAAAGAGACAGACAGCAAGACAGGAGGGAGAGAGACCGGGCAUUCAGAGACUCUUGCCCUGACACCUCCAUGCAGUUCGGAACGAGGACGCCGGCAAGCGAGCCUGGGUACAUGGGGGCAUGGCAGAACUGUGAUGCGAACCUACUCUUCAGAAUGUCCCAACAGGCCAUCCGAUGUACACUUGUAAAUUGCACGUGUGAAUGUUUCCAGCCUGGGAAGAUUAAUCUAAGAACCUGUGACCAGUGCAAACAUGGAUGGGUGGCACAUGCUUUGGACAAGCUCAGCACUCAACACCUCUACCACCCGACACAAGUGGAGAUUGUACAGUCCAAUGUGGUGUUUGACAUCAGCAGCCUCAUGCUGUAUGGAACACAGGCUGUGCCUGUACGCCUCAAGAUCUUGUUGGACCGACUUUUUAGUGUGCUAAAACAAGAAGAAGUACUGCACAUUUUGCACGGCUUGGGCUGGACACUAAGGGACUAUGUCCGCGGAUACAUUCUACAGGAUGCUGCUGGCAAAGUCCUGGACCGCUGGGCAAUUAUGUCCCGGGAAGAAGAAAUUAUCACACUUCAGCAGUUCCUGAGGUUUGGAGAAACCAAGUCCAUUGUUGAGCUGAUGGCCAUUCAAGAGAAAGAAGGUCAAGCUGUAGCUGUUCCCUCCUCAAAGGCUGACUCAGACAUAAGGACUUUUAUUGAAAGCAACAACCGCACCAGGAGCCCAAGUGUCCUCUCACACUUGGAGAACAGCAACCCUUCCAGCAUUCACCACUUUGAGAACAUGCCCAACAGCCUUGCAUUUCUGCUUCCAUUCCAGUAUAUCAACCCAGUUGCUGCUCCUAUGCUUGGAUUACCUCCUAAUGGCCUCAUGUUAGAGCACCCAGGACUUAGGUUGCAUGAGUCUAGCAACUCAAAUCAAAAUGAAUGUGAAGAGACAAGCGAGUCUGAGGUCUCCCCAAUGCCUUAUAACAGAAGUGAGCAAACAUCCAGUAGAAAUGCCUUGAGUAGCAUCACCAAUGUAGAGCCAAAAAUAGAACCAAGCAAUGCCUCACCCUCACAAACAUCUGUAUCUGUUAAUGAACUAAGCAAAUCUGAUCAUGCCAAAAGUUCAUUCAAGAUUCACAGGAUGAGGAGGAUGGGGACAUCUUCUCGGAAAGGCAGGGUAUUUUGUAAUGCAUGUGGCAAAACAUUUUAUGACAAAGGAACUCUAAAAAUCCACUACAAUGCAGUCCAUCUUAAAAUAAAACAUAGGUGUACCAUUGAAGGUUGCAACAUGGUUUUCAGCUCACUUAGAAGUCGUAAUCGUCACAGUGCCAAUCCUAAUCCAAGGCUUCACAUGCCGAUGUUAAGGAACAAUAGAGACAAAGAUUUAAUUCGUGCUACUUCAGGAGCAGCUACACCUGUGAUAGCAAGUACAAAAUCAAACCUAACAUUGACUAGUCCUGGUCGGCCUCCCAUGGGGUUUUCAACCCCACCUCUGGACCCUAUCCUGCAAAACACACUUUCAAGUCAAUUAGUGUUUCCUGCUUUAAAGACUGUGCAGCCUGUUCCUCCUUUUUAUAGAAGUUUAUUAAAUUCAGGAGAUAUGGUGAGCCCUCCAACCUCCCUACCUACUAGUCCAUUAUUGCCAGCACCUCUAGGUGUAGAUCAACCGCUACCACCUCCACCUUCAGAGGUGCCAGCAUCUAUGACAGCCUUAUCACAGGACCCUAAUACAGACCUUGCUCCUAAAAAGAAACCAAGAAAGUCAAGCAUGCCUGUUAAGAUUGAAAAGGAAGUAAUAGAUACAGCCGAUGAGUUUGACGAAGAAGAUGAAAAUAUCGAGCAGGGCCAUUCCACAAAUGACAUUGGCCAAGACAGCCACUCCCAAGAUGAAAUGAGCCCUGGAUUGUCCGUGAAUAGCUUCUCUAAAAUAAGCAGCAGCAGGUGCAUUGUGAGAGCGGACACCAGGGCAAACAGUAUAACCUCUGAUGACCAAGAGCAUGAGAGAGAUUUUGAAAAUGAGUCAGAAUCCUCUGAGCCAAAGUUUUGUGAUGAACCCAUGGAAGAUGACCGCCUCGACCUUCAUAAGGAUAGCGGUGUAAGGUCAAUGACAGACAAUGAUAAGUCGUAUGAAAAUCACAUUGAUUGUCAUCAACAGGCUCUCAUUAAGGUGAAGGAAGAGUUUACAGACCCAACAUACGAUAUGUUUUACAUGAGCCACUACGGACUAUACAAUGGGGGCAGUGCCAGCAUGGCUGCCCUUCAUGAAAGUUUAGCAUCCUCCUUGAGCUAUGGAAGUCCUCAAAAAUUUUCACCAGAUGGUGACCUAUGCUCAAGCCCAGAUCCUAAAAUUUGCUAUGUGUGUAAAAAGAGCUUCAAAAGUUCAUACAGUGUAAAACUGCACUACAGAAACGUCCAUUUAAAAGAGAUGCACGUCUGCACGGUAGCGGGUUGCAAUGCUGCUUUCCCUUCACGACGGAGUAGAGACAGACAUAGUGCCAAUAUUAACCUCCACCGCAAACUGCUGACCAAAGAACUGGACGAGAUGGGGCUGGACUCCUCUCAGCCCAACCUCCGUGAUGAGUUCUUGGCAAAGAUCUAUGGAGGUCAACAUCCCAUGGAUCUUGAUAUUAGAGAAGAUACCACCUCACCAGUUGGUACAGAGGAUUCCCACAUGAACGGCUAUGGACGGAGCCUAGCAGAGGACUACAUGGUCCUAGAUUUGAGUACAACUUCAAGCGUGCAGUCCAGCAGCAGCAUCCAUUCUUCCAGGGAGUCUGAUAUGGGCAGUGAUGAGGGCAUCCUAUUGGAUGACAUUGAUGGGGCCAGCGACAGUGAGGAGUCCUCUCUUAAAACUGAUGCUCCCGCUGCUGGUAUGGGACAAGUGACUGAUGUAAUGGAAUCUUCCGUAUACAAUAAUUUUGCAAUGAGCAAUGGUGGUAUAAUGUGCAACAUUUGCCACAAAAUGUACAGCAACAAAGGGACCUUGCGGGUCCACUACAAGACAGUUCACUUGCGAGAGAUGCAUAAGUGUAAAGUUCUUGGGUGCAACAUGAUGUUCUCCUCUGUACGCAGCCGAAAUCGGCACAGUCAAAACCCUAACCUACAUAAAAACAUUCCUUUUACUUCUCUGGAAUAGCUUCCAGAUGGACUCUGCAAAUUUCCAUUUAUCACAGAUGAUACACCUGAACUGCUCCAUAUUUAUAUAUAUAUACAUACAUAUAUUAAAAUGUAUGUGUAUGAUAUAUAUAUCUAUAUAAAUAAAUAUAUAUAAAUCUAGAUAUAUAUAUUCUUUUUUUAACAAAAAGAAAAAAUACAAACACUAGGUGCUUUUUUAUUUUCACUUAGGGUGAACAGCCCUUAAAACGAAUAACGAAAGAAAAAAAAAAAAGAAAAACACAAAAGAAAUUUCAACAAACUUUCAGUGGUGUAUCCCAUUUUUCUAUGGAAUGAAUCCUUGGUUAAUUCCAAAGAUAUUGUCUUAAUAUCCCAGUGACUGUUGCCUGCAAAAGAAAGAAACAUAAUGAAAACAAAACAAAUAAAAAAAAAUGAAAUAAAAAAGCAAACAACAACACACCUUUCUUCUACUUGUAUUUUGGGGGAAGAAGCGAAGCAUGGCAGAUUCACAUGUAAAUAUUGAGCCCCCAACGUGGACUGUAUAUAUAUCAGUUGGUAUCAGUGAUCGUGGACUAUUUUUUGCUUGUUUCAGUUACAUGCAGCUGUGUUCAGGAAGUUUGGUUGCUAGCUAGCUCUUUUCAUUCAUUUUAGCUUUAAUGUACAUUUUGCAGCACAGACCCUGAAACAUGACUAUGUUUUUAACUACCCGCUAGAUUUAGAGAUACCCUGGUGUUGCAUGCUUACAGUGCUAACAAUGGACUUACUUUUUUCCCUCCUUUUUUUGUACUAUUUACAUAAAAGCAGUCAUGCACUUUCCCCCUUCUCCCGAACACUAAGGAUAUGUAAUGAUAUCCUUCAUUUUUAACCCUUCUGUGCUGAAUAAAGUAUGCUUCCAGGCAUUGCUGAAACCUGUUUAGGUACUGGAAUGAGUAAUUAAUGCCAUAUCCUUCAAUUGUUUUGGCAAGAGAAAAAGCUGGUCAGCGCAAGAGCAUGAUUGCCAAAAUAAAAGUAUUAAAGAGUUUUUCGAGAUGCUAAAAAGAACUGCCGACUUUGCACAUGUCACUAGAUUUCAUUAAAAAUUCUGUAAAGCUGCAAGCCAUAUUCUAUGGGUCGACAAAAGUUAAAGCUAAAAUCAAACACUACAGAAAAACAAUACAGAUCUUUUUUUUCUCCUGGACUCCAAUCAGUUGUCACGGAAAAUCACAAACUGCAUUCAGUGUAUUUAUUACACUUAUUUUCACAUGCCACAAAAAUGCAUAUAUGUGUGAUGCUCGUUUGAUCCUCUAUCUAUGGCUCAGAAUAGUCUUAAUUUUAAUUUAUGUUGCAGGAAGUACAGUGUUAAAUGAUACCAACACUGGUAUUAAUCUUAAUUUACCGACCCUUCCUUAAGGACACUUACAGGCUGCAGAAAUCUUUUUAAGGUGCUCUUUCAGUUUUUCAUGUACUUAAAUGUUCUGUGCCACAUCCGUCAGUGUGAGAGAGUUUAAAAUUCAAGCUACAUGUGCACAUUAAAUAUGGUUAAGAGAUCUUAUGUUCUGACCUGUAAUUAUUCAUAGACUAUUCCUAACAUUCCAAGGGGAACACCAAGGACAUCUUAACUAGUGUACAUGUGCCAAAGAGGAUUUCUUAACCACAAAAAAUGAAGUUUAGAUGAGGCUGUUGCCUCUUUAAGUUUUCCAGAAGUUCUGAGCUAUUCCCUUCAGAGUUAAUGCAUAUGUGGCAAGCCAUCUUGGCAGUGAAGGAUUUUAAUAUUACAUCCCAAAUUUACAAGCCCUGACCUUAUUGUAUUAACUGGAUCCAGGUGGCUCCCCUAACUUCCCCUGAUAGAAAGCCCAGCCAAUGUUGGUCCCUUGAUGUUUAUAUUACCAGAAACAGGCUAAAGCAGUCAUGGGAUUGCUUCAUUUGUGUUUGGACUGGGAAUGGAGGCACACAGAUUAAGGGCCGGUUUGUUCGAUUAGAGUUUAGAUGGUCAGCAGUUCCUUGUGACCUCAUUGCACAUCACUGGUCAGCCCACACCCACAGGUCAAGAGUAAGAGCACUUACAAAGAAAGAGAAGCAUGUGCUUGACCUCAGAUGGAAAACAUUCCUGUUGCAGUGGAAACAUAAGAAGGAAAUGAGAGCUAAAUGUUUCUUGUUGUCCAGAGGGAUCUUACAGAGAGCAACACUUAGAAAAUUAGUCAAAAGCGCAAGGCACUUUUUUUUUUCUUGAAACCUUUAUGUGUUUUCAUUGUUUACGCAUUUCGCCUGAUCUGGUAAGCCACACAGGCAGCUUACGUUACCCCAAACUGUCCCGGCAGAAGGAUAUUUACAUAAGUUAAGUGUUCUGCCAAAAUUGGAGAAGGAUAUCUGCGGCGCAGCCUGAUUCUCUACUCUCCAAUUAAUACCUCUAUCAAAUGUACAAACUCUCAGAGAUACGUAUCGGAAUAUCUUCCUGUAUCUAGAAUGCCGAAUCUCAAAAUACCAUGUUUGUUAAAUUACUUAAUCCAUUUGUAUUCAUACCUAUGCCUGAUUUUGGUUUAUUUUUGUUAUGUAUGCAGCAAAUGUCUCAUGUUUGCCAAAGGAAUUUAUCAUAUGUGUCCUUUCUCUUGUUCCUCUUAUUGUCCUAUUGUACGAUGCUUGAUAUUGAUUCCAAAUAUAUGCAUUGCUAGCAGACAAGACAGUAUUUACAUUGACACUGAUGGCAGAAAUUUUAACUUUGUUAGCAAAAGAACUGUUAAAAAAAACAAACAAACAAACAAAACAUUGCCCAAAAGGGAAAGACUGAUUAUAUUUCUUCUUGGGUCCACAGUGAUUAAAUACGGAAAAUACUUGUGAAACCAGUAAUAUACUUUUUUUUUUUUUAAUUUAAAGUUACACAUGUCAAACACUAAUGUUUACUGAGAAAAGCUGAGGAAUUUUUUGAUGACCAUUUUUUUGGGAAAAUGUCACUGAGUUUUACGUACUACUCUCGGUUUAAAUUGAUAAGUAUUCAGCGUAGUUUUUUUAUACCGUUCAUGUAUACUGUACGUGUUUGUUAAAUUGCAACCAGGUUAAGUAAAGUGUAUCCUUCUUAUUGAGCUUGUAUGUGUGUCAGUGAUAACGUUCCCUUACACUGCCCGUGCUCCAACCUACGAGAGGCGAUAGAGAAUUAAUUUCUUUUCAAGAGACUACAAGCUGUUUUCUCCAAGGCACACUUUUCACUGUAUGAUACAAACGUUUUAAUAAUAAAAGAAAACAAAUGGUGACUCAAAA